GAACAUCUCUCUGCAUUUCGAGGAGGUUUUAUUCUCCCAUUACCGAGAUAAGCCCGAAUCGAGAACUCGGCAGACAUCUGAUGCGCUCCACACGAACCAGGACGCGGUCUGGAUGUCUGCCUUGUCGCAGCCGCCGCAGAAAAUGUGACGAAAGGCGCCCCACGUGUCGAAGCUGUGAGACGCGUGGUUAUAUUUGCCAGUGGGGCCUAAAGGCCUCCUUCCAUCCCUCUCGUAGCCUCCGGCUGUCGACUCCCGAUAGGGCGACCCUACUAGCUAUUGAGAGAGGGCGGCAAACCACGACCGACGAAACACGCGGCAAUCAUCUGAGUUCGCCCCUGGAGCCUUCCACGUCAAUCAUUAUAGACGAUACAGAGGAAGUAGUCAAGUGCUAUCAGGACUGUCAUGAUGCAUCUUCAUCAACCGAUUCAGAACCCGUCUUGGAUGAAGAGCCAACAUUAAAUGCGAUAGACACGACUCUGUGUCCUUCGGGCAACGUGCAUUUCCCACUUGGUCUGAUCUCACAUGACACUAUCCAGCCGGACACCACUCUCGACAGGACCCCUGAUAACGAGGCCGCCAAUGAAAGCUUCCUGCCAUCACCUCAGACAGGGACUGUAAGUGGGAUUCACGAGGUAGGCGGACUGUCAUACAAUGAUCAGGUAUCAGCGGUGCAGUUCGCAGUCAGUCCUGCCUCGUAUGUGUUACCAUUCUCGUUGGGGCAGGCUGUGUCCCGGAACGCGUCGCCAUUACCGGAGCCCUCGAAACCCGUGACAGACGUAGAGUGUGCUCGCUUGGUGUCGUUGUAUCUAAGUGAGACUGGAACUUGGUGCGAGACCACCGAUUCAGAGAGGCACUUUACCUCGAAAAGCAUUUACCAGAUGCUGGAUUCAAAGCCGUUCCUCGCAUCAGCUAUUGCCCUAGCGUCUCGGCAGCACGAUGCUGUCCAGGACCAGCGGCGAUCGGUGACUCUGGAGCUCUAUCAGUACACGAUUCAGCUCUUACUCCGUCAAGACCCAGAUAAAGCAGGCGCCCCGGUAUUGGCGACUUGCACUCUUCUUUGCGUCUAUGAGAUGAUGGCGUCAUGUGUAUGGGAAUGGCGGCGUCACUUAAAGGGUUGCGCCAGUCUGUUACACAAUCGGAAAUGGAACGGUUCAUGCAGUGGUAUCGUUAAGUCUAGUUUUUGGGCCUUUGCCCGAAUUGAUGUCUGGGCUGCAUAUAUUAGCGGCAAAACAACUCUCAUCCCUACCGACUCGUGGGUUGAUGAUAGUUCUAUCCCGUCAGUAGCUGCAAAAGGCAAUGUUGAUGACUAUUGCAAUCUCGCGAUACUUACUUUUGCUCAAAUUGUGAACCUGUUGGCAGACGCCAGGCUUUAUGAAAAGGAUGGCAGUCCUGUCUACUAUUCGGCUGUUGGAAAGCUGUGGGACGCACUGCAAGAGUGGCGACGCCUCCGGCCCAAAGAAGUUUGUCCUCUGCUUAGAGAAAGCUCGAGGGGCUCGAAUCCGUUUCCCACUGUGGUAUUAUCCUGGUCAUCUGCUAACUGUGGUAAUACUUUCUAUCAUGCCGGGUGUAUCUUACUUCUACAAACUGGCUGCCUCGGGGCGCGGGCUAAUGCGUUAGGCGUUGAACGGGAUCCUAUUUGGCAUGCUCGAGAACUAGGCGGAAUCUCCGCUUCCAAUAUAUCCCAUUCGAAUUGGGUAAAUCAACUACAACCACUCUACAUCGCCGGCACUGUCUUUGCGGACCGGAUGGGGAUCUGUUUCCGCGACGCACCAAGACAGACCCAGUGGGCCGGUGCCCCUUGGAGAGUGCCAGUGACCCAGCACGUACCUCUAAUGGAGAUGGAUGACAUAGAUGAGUAUAACUCAGAGAAAAUCGCGCUUCUGAGACAACUGGCUCGGAUUGAGCGUGAGACCGGUUGGAAAACCUCGGACCGGGCGUUGGACUUGAGGAGACUUUGGGGAUUUGGGUAAUAGCGGCGCUUCUACCUUGCUGCCGUUGAAUGAUUAUAUUUGAAACCUGUUUCUCAAGUCCGUGCAUGCAUUUGUAGGUCGCGGCCGCUAGCUUCAAAGUUAUAACAUUUGAAGCUACCCACCUUCAUUUUGUUCGCUGAGUGGAAGUUGGGCCACCGUGGCUCCUUUAUCGCAUCAGCUUCAUCUCUUAGUAUCUCUUUCCAUGGCAAAGAGCAACGCUAUACUUCCUUAUCUAGCUUGAAGCUUGUCAAAGUUAGGCAGCGAAGUACGGUUCGAGUGAACUUGAAGGGGGUUCGGUGGAGAUGGCUGUCCACUGGGGCAUCCUCGGCCUGCCACUAGAAUGGGGCGACGCUCCUAGAGAGGUGAAUUUCCUCACAUUAACCGCAGAGAAACCUAACAACAUGCGAAACCGCACACGAAACUACAAAUCAGAAGCUUGUAGAACUACAACGAGUGCUCU